AUGAACAGCAUUCUCCUAUUGUGCUUGGAGCUGCUUGUGGCGCUUACCAGACCGUUGGUUCUGGAGGAGAAGUCGCCUUUGCCCCGUGUGAACAUGUAUUCCAAGCUCAAGAAAAUCCAGGUUGCCUAUAAAAGUCGGAUUUUGCACACCCAAGGUGGAAAUACCUUAAAGGGAAUUAUUAGACUUGCAUUGCCGAUUUUGCGGACCCCCAAACAGUCCCGGACCUCCAGAGAUACUGUCACACUGAACCUGUGUCUACAUUUGGUGCGAAACGUGCUUCGAAUUGAGCCCGAAACUCCAACAGCUUCGCGGAAGACCACCUCCAAGAUAACCCAGUUAGCCGAUAACAUGCCAUCUGGUGUUUCCAGAGACGAUAUUGCCAUUUCUGCUGUUCUAGAAGUUUUUGAAAGCAACAAGGUGCUGUCUUUUAUUCAAACAAUCGUCUCCGGGAUGGAUUCCGAGUUUGACGGCGAGACCCUAGCGCCUGUAUGUCUUGACUGCAUUUACUAUCUUACAGUGGGGGUUGAACCAGAGCGGUUGUUAGCCAGUAGCGACUCUGGUGUGGCAUUGCCGUUGGAAAAAGUGGAAAACAACUCGUUGGCGGGGCUAAUGAGACGCGAAAAGAUUCUUAAACAGCGAGUCCUCGGACCUGGAAUGACUCGACACUCAAACUUUGGAACACUGAUUUCACUGCAUACUGGCGACCACGAAAAAGUCACUCUUUCGGGCAACCAACACUUGAAGGUCAAUCAGGACCCUCUUCGUCGUCUUGACGAUGGAAAGACGUGGAGUGCCAGUAACCGUCUUAAGAACAACAAGAACGAGAGUCUGAAGUCAGACUUUGAUUCCCGUACCAGUGCUCCUCGGAACCGAGUGGUUAGCCCGAGUUCUGCAGUUAUAUUGAAGCGUUUUGUCGACAGUUUCGUUUCCACCGGUUUCAAUCCUCUGUUCCAAACUCUUCGCAGAAUUGUUCAGGGAGAGAAAAAUACCCUAGGUGCAUUUGCAAUGUACCGCUACUACCGCUCCCUGCUCUGGUAUCUGCGUUUUUGCCGGGUCUAUCGUGAGAAUGCUCAGGACUCUGCACAAAGUGCUUCCACUCUAGGCCAUCUUAGCGGAACAGUAGAGGCUCUCAACCCAGAAACCUACUACACCAUUCUCAAGGGAAUGAACGAGUACUCGGAUACACGAGAAUGGAACCUGCUUCAUGCGACGAUGGUGUGCAUGAACGAAGUUCUUCAGUUUGCGUUUUCGCUGUUCUCUCUUGCUCCAGACCAGUUUCCGGGCCAUGAAGAGGAUAUAGAGGUCUUCAAAGAGGCGGGCGGUGAGCUAAUCAGAAGAGUAUUACUCACCAAUCAGGCAGGAUCAGAUGUUUUGACUACAGUCCCGCGUGAUUCUCAGAAGGUGUCGUCUGAAUUCGCCAGCGAUGCAACUGAAUAUGUAUACACACUUCUGAAGAUUGUUUCAAAGUUGAAAGCUCAAGAGUUGUCACAGCUUACAGCAACUGAAGAUAAGUAUCAGCUCACCAAGACUCGAAACGAGCUGAUAAACAUUGAAAAACGACUUUACGACCAUCGAAUUAUCAACACGGUGGUCUCUGUGUUUGGCCGCUACGAGGACAUCGCAGAGAGCGAGUUUCGCAGAUGUCUUUCGUACUUCUUCAAGGUUUUGAAACAACCAGAAAGCUUUCCAGAUCUUGGUCGUUUGGACUUGAUGCUUCUUCUCCACGACAUUGUGGUUUCCGAUAUCUUCCCGGCCCACUCAAAGACAAUGAAGGAGCUGGAAGUUUUGACCUCAGCUUUUAUGAAACAGCUGGAGAAAAAGGCGACUGCUGUGAAGUCUUGGUGGAUAGAACUGGCGUUUUCGCCAAAAGUGGCUUCUAACCACUUCUUGGAAACAGGAGACCCAACCAGAAGCUUCGCUACGAAGCCUCCUCAGUUUAAGACGAAGGAGUUUAUCGAUACAGAGCUUUCUCAGAGUAUGAAGAUUCAGGUUUUGGUGGCUUAUUUCACCGAAAGAGACGAGCGGGAUGUGGUAGUUUGGCUUCGGGACCAGAUGAAGCAGGUUUUGGAGGCAGAGAAGCAGGCCACAGAUUUGCAGUUGGAUUUUGCAGCUUAUCGAUCGUCUGUUCGCACUGGGGUCAUGUCACUAUUCCUGGAAGUGAUGGAAUUCAAAAUCAACUUCAUGAGGGGAAUGGUUUGGAACGUGAGGUGCUCCGAGAAGCUGGAGAAUGUCCUUGAGCUUUUGAAUCUAGCUCUUGCAGCAGACUUCGAUAGUGACACGGCUGCUGGUGAUUAUCUUAGGAUCUCGGAUGAAGAUGAGAGAGAAUACCAUCGUCAAGGAGCCGAAGAGCGUACGUAUACAUUUCUUUCGGAUGAAAGUGAGGACGAUGAGGUCGUCCCGCAGGCGUGGAGGGAGGCUGAUGAUUUGGACAAAAUGGAGGCUGCUUUGGAAGCAAGAGACAGAGUGCUUCCUGUUGGACGUGCCAUUAAGAAAGGUGGAAAAUCAGCCAAGCCCACGAAGAAUGCCUCAAAGAAGUCGAAUCACCGCUCUACCACUCGUCGUCACAAGAUGGCCAACAACCUGGCACUUCACGAUAUUUCAGACGACGAAUCAGGACCCAAACCUCCUGGAGACGCUCACGAUGUGGUCUCGACUGAACGUGUUUUUGACUCUGAUGAUGAAUCUGAUGAUGAGCGCGAUGCCGAGCUUUUCGCCCGUGACAGGAGGCUACACGAAAUCAUCAUGGACAAUCAGGAUAAGGCCUUGAGUCCAGACCAACUCAGGGAGUUGUUGAAGCUGGCAAAGGAUGUGAGUCGUUCGAUAGAUCAUGUCGUUGAGAUUCAGCCGUCACAGGCGUUGUCUCAGCUUGUUUCUCAGGGUAUUCCUGAUGUAUUUGCUACACAAACUACGGAAAUAGAAGAGCAAGAGAGAUCGUCGAGUCCAGGACUAGGUCAAGAUCUCAGUCAAAAUUUGAGCCAAAGUCUCAGUCAAUCUAGCUUCACGGCCUCGCAGCAUGAGGAGGAUGACAGGGAGGAAAGAGAAGGAGACGCUCACGCUGAAGAAAACGAGGAAUCCGAAGAGGAAAUCGUUGAAAAGGUGAAGCGUAGAAGGCUGAUGGUUGAGAGUGACGACGAGUAG